AUGGGCCGUGAUAUAUGCACAUUAGACAAUGUUUACGCUAACAAUCUGGGCAUGUUAAGCAAACUAGCUCAUGUGACAGUACCAAAUUUAUAUCAAGAUGCAUUUUUCAGUGCAUUAUUCGCAGAGGAUACCUUAGUUGCAAAAAAUAAAAAGCCAUCUUCAAAGAAGGAUGUACGUUUCACACAGCUGGCUUAUUACAGCGAAAUACCAGUGGGUGGCCUGGUUGCUAAAUUAGUUCCAAAGAAACAGAAUGAACUAUCUCUAAAGGGCAUUCAAAUCGAGUUUUUGGGUGUGUUGCCUAAUUAUAGGAACAAGUCAAUUGGUUCAAAAUUAUUAAAGUUUGCAGAGGACAAAUGCUCCGAAUGUCAUCAGCAUAACGUGUUUGUCUAUUUGCCUGCAAUAGAUGAUCUUGCCAAGCAAUGGUUUAUAGCUCAUGGCUUCGAACAAGUCGGCGAAACUGUUAACAAUGUCAUAAAGGAUGUAAAUGGUAGCGAACAAGAUGCCGUUUUAUUGAAAAAGCACAUUUCUUAA